AGGUACAGUAGUUAAGCUUUCCUUUGUGUGUCUGACAAGGAGACCAAGUCAAAAGAAAAUAAACACCAAAGAGAAAAUUAUUCCAUAACAAAAAAGAACAAGAAGGGAAAGGGAAAGGGAAAAGAAGUGGGGAAGAAUUUCUCUUCUUUAUUGUUUUGGCUUCCUCUCCUGAAAGGCGGGCGGUACAAUCCGCGAUAUGGUGGCGAAAUAAAUGUAUUGGAGAGUGGGAAGAGAGUUAAAAAAAAAAAAAUUUGCUUGGUAUCAGCACUCCUUUUUUUUCCCUUUCCCCCCUUUAUCUUUUUCUACCUUUUUUGAUUAUUUUAUUUUAUUUUUAUUUUCUCUGUUAUUCAAUCUCAAAAGUUCUUCCCGAAUUUUCUCGUAUUUUUCAAGAUUUUUCCCACCCCCCUCUUUAACACCAGUCGUGAGCGCAGGAAGAAAGAAAUUCAAUAUCCAUAGAGAUCCAAACCUGACGUUGAAACAGACUCGCUAGGCCGUAGGACAAAGCUGUUGACAGAUGGCUUUAGCUUGGAUAGCCUACCCGCGAUUCGG